AAGGAUGGCUGGUAAUUAUUGGAGGACUGGUGGCAGGGGGUGGAGAACUUCGGUGUCUGGUUUUGGGCGGGAAUUGAAACCGUCACUGCUGCCAACCAGAACUUGAGAGCUGCAAGUAUUCAACCUUGAAGGGAGCCAUGGUGCGGCCUGUGAGGCAUAAGAAACCAGUCAAUUACUCACAGUUUGAGGACUCCGACAGCGAUGAUGAUUUUGUUUCUGCAACUGAACCUUUAAAUAAGAAAUCCAAAACAACACCAAAGGAGUUAAAACUAGAAAAACCAAAAACUAAAUCGAAGAAUCUCCAGAAAGAAGAUACCCCGUUACAAGAGAAAACUCCUAAAAAAAGGAUGGCUUUAGAUGAUAAGCUCUACCAGAGAGGCUUAGAAUUCGCGCUAGCAUUAUCAAUGAAGGAACUUCCAACAGUCACCAUUGAUGUGGAAGAGUCUCAAGAUAAAAGCGCUGAAAAACAUGACACUAGUGAAGCAGAAACAAUAGAUAAGUCUCCCCAUAUCUCCAAUUGCAGUGUAGCCAGUGAUUAUUUAGAUUUGGAUAAGAUUACUGAGGAAGAUGAUUUUCAUGGUGCUCAGGGGAGAAGAAAAGCAGCAUCUCAAGCUGUGGUACAACAGAGGAAAAUUUUGGAAGGCAGUGAUGGCGAUAGUGCUAAUGAUUCUGAACCAGACUUUGCAACGGGUGAAGAUUCUGAAGAUGAUUCUGAUUUUAGUGAGAGUGAAGAUGAUGAUGAAGACUUCACUAUGAGAAAAAGUAAAGUUAAAGAAAUUAGAAAGAAAGAAGUGAAGGUUAAAUCCUCAGUUGAAAAGAAAGAGAAGAAAUCUAAAUCCAAAUGUAAUGCUUUGGUAGACUCUGCUCCAGCUGCUGUCAAAUCAGAAUCUCAGCCCUCACCGAAAAAGGUUUCUCAUUCUUCAGAGGCCACUAGGAAACCAGUACAAAUACGCAGUCCUUCAACUGAAAGCAGGAGACCUAAGUGGGUCCCACCAGCCAAGCACCACUGAUGCUCCAAGAAUUCUUUGACCUUCACCUUUCUUGACAUUAUUAAAACCCAAAUCCAGGCCCUGUUCAUUUUAUACUCAAACUAUUGGUGACUUCCUAGCUAGUCCUGUUUCACCUUUCCCUUAUCCAACCACAUGAAUUCUCUACUCCAAUGAAAUUGAUACCUUUUUUGUUGUUGUUCCUUAAACACAGUGUAUAUAUUCUUAGAGCCUCUCUUAUCUAGUUUUCUCCUCUGGUAUGUUUCUUCAUUUGUUUCUUCUAAGUAAAUCCAAGUCUACUUAGGUUUACUUCUUUUCAAUGACAUUUCUUGAUUGGUCCACAGUGGUCACUGCCCUAGUCAUACUAGGUAUUAAGAGACAGGUUUAGCCUGAGACUGCCGGAUUACUUAAUUUCUAAAUCUUCAUUUCAUCAUCUCAGAUAUUAGGCACUAUAUAAUCUUUAAAGUCUUUUCCUGACUAAAAAAAAAUUCUAGAAUUUUAAUGAGGACUUAAUAGUUUUUUGGAGAAGGUAAGGAGGAAGACUAGUUACUGAAAUAAUGAUGCUUUACGGUUUGAAGGAUAAUCCUUAGCAUAUUUUUUCUGAGAAUAAUUAGUGAUUCCCCAACAAUAGAAAUUUAAAAGAAAUGAUAUAAUGACUAUAGAAAUUUAAAGGUAGCAUAAUAAAAAAAUAAAAUAAAAAUAAAAAGGAAAUAAUGGAAUGAUGGAUCAAGAGUUAAUAUCAUAAAGCACAGAGUGCUUAUAGAUUUAUUAUGUGAAAGGGUAGAGCAAGUGAAGUGUAUGAGGAAAUUGGGCCCAUGUACUAAACUCGAGUGACCAGCGAUUGUUGGACUUAGAGCUCAUGCCUCUUUGGAAGGAAACAGCUGUCACUCAGCUCCAUCAAAUUGUUUACAUGCGGAUGAUGGACCUGGUAUUUCCAGAUCUGACUUUUGUUUCAAGAGAAGCCAGACAUCUAGAUUUUAAUGAAAUCUCCUAGUUUUUAAAAGUUGACAUUUUUUUAUACCAUGUGGACCAAACAGUAUUUUUGAGAGCUAGAUUUGACCCUCGAGUUGCCAGUUACUUAUUUACCUGUUUUUACAAAUCUGAGAAGACCACCAACACCCCAAUGGGAAAAUGAGCCACAGACAUAAACGUACUAAUGCCCCAAGAAAUACAAUGAGAAAUGAAUUCAAAGAGAAUUUCAGUCUCAAUGUUAAUUGAGGAAAUAUAAAUUAAAAUAAUAAAAUACUUUUUUAUACCUCUCAAACUAGAAAAUAAUAAAACAAUAUAAUCCAGUCCACUCUGGGUUGUGGGGUAUAAUUAUUUACUAUAAACUUAUAAUCCUUUUAUAGGACAAGGGCCAUAAAAAUAAAUCUGUCCUUUGGCCUAAGAGCUAGUCUUGGGAACUUAUUCCCAAAAAAAGAAUUCAAAAGAAGAAAAAGUAAUAAGUGAUUAGAUUUUUAUAACUAUUUAUAGAAAAACGGUGAGAAACUAGAAACAGCCCAAAAGUUUGUGAAAGAAUUUGAUAUACAGCACAUGCAUGCAAUUGAGAAUAAUAAGUCAGAUGGUUAGAAACAUGGAAAUGUUUAUAAAUUUUCAUUUGAAAAAAGUACACAUAGUUGUACUUAUUAUGACUUUAGUCAUGAUCUGCCAUGAACACUUACGUGGAUAAAGUUUAAAUUUAAUACUUGAUGGAAAUAGUUGCUACAUUGGAGUGCUAGCAUAAUGAAACCAGUAUAAAUAAAUAAAAAUGGCAUUUGUCAUGUUUAAAGUUACUUAGUAUUUGAAAAAAUAGAUUCUUUCAAAGGAAUACUUAUAAAAAUUUCAGGAUUUUAAAAAGCAUUAGAUUUUUCUACGACUUUAGAAAUUAUAAUUGCAUUUAUUUCUUUAUGCCUUUACAACCAGUGUUAUUCACUCCCAACUUAAACUGCUUCAGCUUUCACGCUUAAAGCUUUUGGUAUAUCAUUUCCUUGCCCUUUAGGCAUGUUUGAAAGUAGGCGAUACUAUAAUUUUUCUGCUCUUUAGUACUUUUCAUUCUUUUGUUUUUGUUGAUAACUUGAUAGAACCUGUAUAGCAGAAUAAUGUUUAGCUAUGUUUUUUGCUUUUGUUUUAUACAUUUAUUUUUUUAAGAGAUUUCUGACACUAU